ACUAAUACUAUUUACAAGACCGCAGCCGUGAUCUGAACAAAAUAUUGUGUAUCGCAAUAUUAUUUUUUAACUGUUUUGAUUACGAUAGAACUAUAUGUUCAUGUUUUUUUAAAAAACUUUUUUUUUGAAUCCAUAUCUCUAUGUGAAGAUCGAAGGUAACCACGUAAACAUUUAAUUCAAUCAUUGAUAAUGGUUGAUGAAUAAUAUUUUCUACAGAUAGUCUAACAACUUCAAAAUUCUUUCAAAGCUAUGAUUUCAUCAGGAAGAUAAGGUCCUCGCUACACCAUUAAUAGAUUUGAUAUUUGAGCAUUAAAAUUAUUACCAUUAAUUUAAAAAUAGACAAUUAUUGAUUUAUAAAAUGGUAUAUUAUAAAACCAUAAUGUCAUGCUAUAAAGUUUUUCUAAAUUCAAGGUACUGGAAUUGCCUGUGAUCAUUAAACUUUGAGCUUAUUUACUGAACAAUCUCCAAGCAUUCCCAAUGAAAAGUGUAGCUGUUGAUGGUGCAUCAGAAAAUUUACGUCAGUUAAGCACAACUUGGGGGAAGAGCAGAGGUGAACAACAAACAGAGUUAAGUGCAGAGGCACGGAACACAGUACGAAGAACUUUAUUUGUUGAGCCAUCCGCUAAAUUAGAAAGCAAUGAUAACGUUUUGACGGAUACCAACGAAAAAAAUCCUAAGUGGCUCUCGUACGUAUUGCAGAGGUUAAGUGAAGAUACUAAAAGUAUGCCUGGUAAUAGUCAAACACCACCAGCCAAAGAGGUAAAAGAGAGGGAGCCGGAAGCACAAACUGGAGUUGGACCUGAUUGUGGUAUUAAAGACGUUUGGGCUCAUAAUUUAGUAGAAGAGUUUACGUCAAUACGAAAACUUUUGCCAAAAUAUUGUUAUGUAGCUAUGGACACAGAAUUUCCAGGUGUUGUAGCCCGACCUAUUGGUGAUUUUAAAACAACUGCAGAUUAUCUGUACCAGUUGUUGCGGUGUAAUGUUGAUCUGUUAAGGAUCAUUCAAUUGGGUCUUUCAUUUUUUGACGAAGAUGGUAAAACUCCUACUGGUCCAUACACAACUUGGCAAUUCAAUUUUAAAUUCAAUUUGUCAGAAGAUAUGUAUGCCCAAGACAGUAUAGAAUUGUUGACAAAUUCUAGAAUACAAUUUAAGAAGCAUGAAGAGAAUGGAAUCGAACCUAUAGUUUUUGCUGAAUGUAUAAUCACAUCUGGUUUGGUACUUAUGGAUAAUAUAAAAUGGAUGACAUUCCACAGCAGUUUUGACUUUGGAUACUUAGUCAAGGUGUUGACCGAUGAAAAAUUGCCACAAGAGGAGUCAGAUUUUUUUGACAUGUUCUCUCUAUACUUUCCUUGUGUGUAUGACAUCAAGUAUCUGAUGAAAAGUUGUAAAAAUUUGAAGGGUGGCCUGCAAGAAGUUGCAGAUCAAUUGGAACUUAAGCGUAUUGGACCACAGCACCAGGCUGGUAGUGACUCUCUACUGACAGGCAUGGCAUUUUUUAAAAUCAGAGAUAUGUAUUUUGAAGGAAUGAUUGACAGCAAGAAAUAUUGUGGUCAUUUGUAUGGCUUGGGAAUUACCACAUUGAACAAUGGCCAAAUUCGGUAUGAUAAUAAUGAAGGGCCACCCAAUUAAAUAUACCAGAAAAACAUUAUUAAUAAAAUAAUAAAUAUAUUAUUUCCAAUGAUUGUAUAGUUGUUAACCACUAAUGAAUGGUACCAGCUAUACAUUUUGACUUUAAAGAAACAAAUUUUUUAAAAAAUAUAUGCCCAAGGUAUAAUUUUUCUCUUCUCAAUUUAUUUAUUCUGUGUACAAUUUUGUUUGCCAACUGUGAAUGAAAUUAGAAAAUGAUAGAAUUAAAUGUAGUUUAGAAUUAUUAUGUUAAGAAAAAAAAUUAAAGAAAAAAAUGGUCUGUAUAAUAAA